CCCCGGAGGGCGUGAGCCUCCCGCAGAUUGAGCAACUUGGGAACGGGCGGGCGGAGCGCAGGCGAGCCGGGCGCCCAGGACAGUCCUGCGGCAGGCGACUGAGCUGGCCGCGUCCUCGCCCCUCCCGGGCCUGCCCCCGCCGCGACUGGCAGCGCGGAGGUUGGUUUUUGGAGUAGUCCUCACUGAAGUGAUGAAGAGUCCUCCCAUGUGACACCCCAAGGUGCCUUUGAAGAAAGCUCUCUGGACCUCCUUAUGGCUGAUGGAGAACUGGGCUCCCCACGUCCUCCCUUCUGUCCCCAGCUGAGAUUAUGGUGGAUCUGGGACACAUCCCAGGCCUGGGCCUCCUGCUGCUGACCCAGCCCCGGAGGCGUUUGCCAGAGCCCUGCACUGACCACCCCUAGAGACCACCCCUCCUCCCAGGGGCCCGGAGCUGGCGAGUGACUAUGCGGCUUGGGUUGUGUGUGGUGGCCCUGGUUCUGAGCUGGAUGCAUCUUGCCGCAGGCAGCCGGGGGCUGAAGGGGAAGAGGCAGCGGCGGAUCAGUGCGGAGGGGAGCCAGGCCUGCGCCAAAGGCUGUGAGCUCUGCUCAGAGGUCAACGGCUGCCUCAAGUGCUCGCCCAAGCUGUUUAUCCUGCUGGAGAGGAACGACAUCCGCCAGGUGGGCGUCUGCUUGCCAUCCUGCCCGCCUGGAUACUUCGAUGCCCGCAACCCCGACAUGAACAAGUGUAUCAAAUGCAAGAUUGAGCACUGCGAGGCCUGCUUCAGCCACAACUUUUGCACCAAGUGUAAGGAGAGCUUGUACUUGCACAAGGGCCGCUGCUACCCAGCCUGUCCCGAGGGCUCUGCAGCUGCCAACGGCACCAUGGAGUGCAGCAGUCCUGCACAAUGUGAAAUGAGCGAGUGGUCCCCAUGGGGGCCGUGCUCCAAGAAGAAGAAGCUCUGUGGUUUCCGGAGGGGCUCCGAGGGGCGCACACGGAGGGUGCUCCAUGCCCCUGCAGGGGACCCUGCCGCCUGUUCCGAAAUCAGGGAGACACGCAGGUGCACAGUGCCGAGGACGCCGUGUCCUGAGGGGCAGAAGAGAAGGAAGGGAGGCCAGGGCCAGCGGGAGCACGCCAACAGGAACCUGAGCAGGAAGGAGAGCAAGGAGGCGGGUGCUGGCUCUCGGAGACGCAAGGGGCAGCAACAGCAGCACCAAGUGACAGUGGGGCCCGUCACAUCUGCGGGGCCCACCUAGGGACAAUGCUCGUGCAGAAAGAGUCCAGCGCUGUGGUGUGAUGAACGCUUUACUGACCUGGAGCAUCUGGGGCAACGUGCACACACACACCAUCCACACACACAUGCACACACCUAGUUACGCAGACACGCAAACCCCAUGCCCAAGAGUGUGACUGUUCAUACAUGCACACGUGUGCGCACACACACACACACACACACACACACACACCGAGACCGCCGGGAGAAACUUCCAUCCCUCGGACAUCACCGUGUGGAAAAGUGAGGGAGGUGGAAGGGUCAGCUCUGCUCCGGCAGCGGGCCCAGCAGCACGCACUUGGUUUAAGACGCUUCCAGUGGACCUGUCAGAGAAAACAUUUCUCAGCAUCCAGGACGAAACGUGGCAGAGUGGGAGCCUUCUGGAGGAGCUGAUGGGGUCCGCUGGGUGUGGCAGGCUGGAGCCAAAGUUUGAGGACUGCUGGGGACAGAGGGGAAGAUGCCUUCUUCCCACCCUGCUGAGUGUUUCCAGCUGUGUGACUUUAUCAUU